UAUAUUAUAACUGGUUUUGAAAUAUCAGUCAUAAUAUCUUUCUUGAAUUUUAGUCCCAUAGAUGGCUUCGCAAAUGGCGAUCUCUUCCGCAUGCGUUCCGCUCUCUUCCCUAAACUCUCUUCCCUCAUCAAAACCAUAUCCACUUUCCUGUACUCUUAUAGGAGCCUCAGCUUACGGAUCCCGCUCCUCUCCCUCCCAAUCCCGCCUCCGGCAGCCCUCUCUACCACCAAAACUGGCGCAUCUCUUCCUCUCUUUAUUUUUUUCUCCUUUGAAACCCUCCCUUCCUGAGAGAUCAGUUUUUCACAACCACAAGGUACUUUGAUUUCGUGUUUUUGUUGGUCUGCAUUUUCGUUUCAUGCAAUGCAUUUCAUUCUCUUUGAUGUUCUCGGUGCGUCGAUUGUGUUAUUUGCUUUUCUUCUUUAGUUUACAGGUGCCUUUGCAUAUUCUAGGGUUUUACGGUUUUGCGUUUAGCUGUGUCAGACGCUCAAAUUGAACUAAGUUUUGAGAGAUGAGUGUUUGAGAAACAAAAGAGAAAAGAGAAGGGAGAAGAGAAAGAAGGAUGUCGUCGUUGUCGAGCAUGUUCGGGUGUGGAGUGGUAGAGUUGUAUGAUAUGUUAUUAUGUUUUGGUUCUUAUUAUGGUGCUGGACUCUGUCGCAUGUAUAUCCUUUCCAACCUACUCCAGCACCGGUGCCAACAUCCCUGGUUGGUUGGAUGUCAAAUCCAACAACUGUUGAACAUCCUGCAGUCUCCGGUGGAGCUAUAGGUCUUGGUGCACCGUCAAUCCUGGGUAUUAUAUUCUUUUGCUUUCUUUAGUUCUCUAACUCUCAAUGACUAGUUGAAUUUAGGAUGUUGUUUGGUUUAUAAUCUUUGACCUCUGAUGUUUUAUUGCCUCUAAUCUUUGACCUCUGAUGUUUUCUUGAUGCAAUGUAUUCACUAAGGCCUUUAAAGUGUGGGAUCUUAGUGCUUGUUCAAUGCCCUUUCAGGCUGCUUUUAUUAAAGAUCCAGGUGUUUCUGUCAAUCGUGUGAUUUGGAGUCCUGAUGGGGCUUUAUUUGGAGUUGCUUACUUAAGGCACAUUGUUCAGAUAUACUCUUACCAUGGCGGGGAUGAAGUCCGACAACAUUUGGAGAUUGAUGCUCAUGUCAGUGGAGUUAAUGAUUUAGCAUUUUCACACCCGAAUAAGCAGUUAUGUGUCAUUACCUGUGGUGAUGAUAAUACCAUUAAGUUUGGGAUGCUGCUUCUGGAGCAAAACAGUAUACCUUUGAAGGUCAUAAGGCUCCAAUUUAUUCUGUUGGUCCACAUUAUAAAGAAAACAUUCAGGGUAUUCUGUGUCAAGUUCAGUGGCGAUGAAAGUUAUGUAAUUUCAGGAAGGGACGAUACUAACCUUAGGAUUUGGAAGGCAAAAGAAUCUAAGCAACUUGGAGUAUUUUCUUGCUUCUUAUAUUACUUAGAUUUGAGUGAAGUAAUUAAUGUGUAAGAGAGCAUAUCCUUAGCAUUAUGUAGCAAUGUUUAUCAUGAUUUCGAUCAUGAUUAAUUGUCUUAUUUCUUGACUGAGUCAUACCUGUCCAUGUAUAUAGUUUAUAAAAUCAUUAUGUAUUAAAUAUUAUUAUGCAAUUUAAUG